UACACCUAUAGCCUACGUCCGCAGCCAAAGGCUUCUUCAUUUUGGAAUGAAAACACGUGGUUUGGAUAUCAACGUCUUAAUGGUUGUAACCCCAAAUCAAUAAGAUUGUGUGAAGAAAUCCCUUCAAAAUGUGUGCUCCCAUUGCAUUAUUUAUGCUGAAUUCAAACGAUGAUUUGACACCAAUUGCAAUACAACUGCGACAGGACAAAGGACGAGAAAAUCCUGUCUUUCUUCCUACAGACGAUUGGGGCGUUUGGACUCUUGCUAAAAUUUGGUACAAUAUGGCUGAUGCCAAUUAUCAUCAAUCUGUUGUGCACUUGGGUUUAACCCAUAUGCUGAUGCAAAUUGUCAGUGUUCACAUGCAUAGGAAUAUAUGUCCGACGCAUCCAAUCUACAAGAUUUUGGCCCCUCACACUUAUCUACUUAUGGCUAUCAACAAUUUGGCAUUCAAGGAACUUAUAGCCCCUGGAGCCUGGGUCGACCAAACAAUGACCGUUGGAUCGGACGGAAUGAUGAAAUUGCUUUGUAAAGGACUGCAAGAAUGGGACUUUUAUCGAGAUGGAAUUCCAGCUAAUGAUUUUGCAAACCGAAAAGUUGACGAUCCGAAACUUUUGCCCAAAUACUAUUUCAGAGAUGAUUCGCUUUUAUUGUACGAAUGUAUAUACAAGUACGUGUCCAGCUAUAUAGAUAUCUACUAUGGAAAUGAUGAAGCUGUUGAUACGGACGAGGAGUUACAGGAUUGGAUAGAAAAUGUAUCCGUACCAACCAAAGGUGGAUUGAAGGGUUUACCAAUGAAAAAUGGUAAGGGUCACGUGUCUUCAAAGGAGGACUUGAAAUGGAUUGUGUCCGUAAUCAUCUUCAUCCGCAGUGCGUCACACGCUGCUGUCAAUUUCCUACAAUAUGAAGAAUAUGGUUUCCCUCCAAACUAUCCAUCAAUGCUGAGGACGCCGCUGUUAAAAGACAAAACCCCCAGAACAGAGAAGGACAUCGUAGAUGCCCUGCCUGAGGUAAAAACGAUUCUCAGUGUUAUAGAAAUCACAAGGACCCUGAGCGAAAGAGCAACUAAUCCUCUGGGGAAUUUCGAUGUACAGUACAUUUGUGAACCAGCGGGACUUCAAUGCGUUGCCGAAGCAUCAGACAAGAUUGAUGUAAAACAAAUUUUGGCUUCAGAUGCAUCAUCAAUAUUUGAGAACUGAGAUUAAUGGCAAAAAUUUCCAACCCUCUUCAGACACCAACAGUUGAUGGAAAUAUAGCAGAAAUACUUCCAUCAACAGGGGAAGGCAUAAAAACUAAAAAUAAGAAAAGUAGUCAUAUAUUGUGGUGAGAAUAGAAAAAUGAUGGAAAAGGAUUUGUGUCAGAAAUAUAAAGGAUUGACUUUUUCUUAAAGAAAUGCCAAAAGAAAUAAAAUCAUCAUUUCACUGUAAUAUCUGUGAAAAGUCAUUUUCUCAAAAAGGUCACCUGACUAUUCACAAACAUAUUCACACAGUUGGAUGUGGAUUUUACAGCCAAGUGCUCAUCCUAUUACCACCCGGGAAUUAUAUUGCCAGCCUUCAAAAGCUUAGAGCAAUUGGUCAUAAUGUAAGUAUUAUCACUGUUUUGCUCAAGAGGGAACACAUGGAACAUCAUCACUCAUGCCCAUGUAUGCUAUACAUAUAUGUACUUAUACAACAGGCUUAUAAUUUUCAUCUACCACAUUUACUUCCAAGACAUUCGUUGGUCUGAUGCUAUAGGAAACUCCAAAUGUGUUGCACAGUGGAACCAAACCAAACCAAAAACUGCAUGGCCAUGAUAAGAGCUUGUUAAUCACACAGUCUUUUAUUUAGACUAAUCUUUUCCUUUUUUUUCGCAUUGCUUUAUUUAGACUAAUCUUUUCCUUUUUUUUUCUCAUUGCUUUCUUAAUGACUUUAUUAAUUAUUAAGUUUUAAUAAAACUAAGUAAAACAUU